AUGGCUGCUAAAACAAGUGUGGGCGAGGGUGCCACCCCCGACCCCAUUCAGAAACUCAAUGCCGAUGCCGAAAGCUUGCGGCGUGAAGCUGAAUCCUCCCUCGAAUAUGCGGCCAAGCUUGAGGAAGAGAACCAGCGGCGCCAGACCCAGAUUUCGACGCCCAUGACCGUCCACAACCUCACCGUCCACGGCGCACCCAACACGCGCCGCGCGUUCCUCGACCCCAUCCUCUCCCCCAUCGUCGCACCCUCAGCCAACGCUGCCACGACGCUCGGUGACAUCUCCUACCGCCUGCAGACGGCAUCCUCCAAGCUUGACCGGCUCGGCAUCUUCCAGCCCGCCCCCAAGAUCUUCCUCAACUCAGCCGACCAGACGAACCCCUCGUCCACACCGACAGACGUGGACAUUGAUAUCCUGCUCGCCGAGUUGCCCCGCUACAAAUUUAAUGCCGGAACCGACGUCGGCAACUCGGAAGGAUCAGCCUUCACGUCGCUGUUGUGGCGCAACAUAUUCGGUGGCGCCGAGCAGCUCUCCCUCAACGCGAGCACCGGCACGCGAACACGCUCCGCCUACACAGCCGAGCUAUCCGCCCCCGUGGCCUCCGACCCCGAUUGCCGCGUCGCCCUCGAGAUUCUCUCGUCCGCCGCCGACAAGCCAUGGGCCUCGCACGAGGAGGUCCUCCGCGGCGGCUCCCUCCGCUACCAGUGGCUCUCGCCGAACCGCGACAUGCACUCGAUCGAGUACACGGCCCUCUGGCGGCAGCUCACGUCGCUGGGCCCCGGCGCGAGCCCGACGGUCCGUGCCGACGCCGGCGACUCGCUCAAGUCGUCCCUGCGCCACAUCUUCCGCCGCGACACGCGCAACAACCCGCAGCUGCCGCAGCGCGGCUACCACGUGCGCACGACGAGCGAACUCGCCGGCGUCGGCCCCCUCGGCGGCGACGUCGCCUUCUCCAAAUCCGAGCUCGAGCUCGGCGGCGCCGUGCCCCUGAGCCAGCGCGCCCCCGCUAUCUCCACCCAUCGGCAAGCCAUAGGACAAGCAGAUAGGUCCAUCGGUGGGCUGAGUCCAUCCGUUGCGGCCCGGCAAGGACCUUUGCCCCAGGGAUCCAGGCUCAACAGCGCAACCGCAGUCAGCGGCGGACCUCUUUGCCGCCGGCGCGACCUCCUGUUCCCCCUCCCCUACCGCGGUCCCGACUCGGCCCUGCGCAUGCAGCUCUUCGCCAACGCCGGCCGCCUCGUCGCCCUGAAGCCUUCAGCUGCUGCUGGCGGCGACAAGCAGGGCCGUCAGGGGGAGGGGCAGGGCCAAUCCGCCGACAUGACGCCCGCCUCCGUCGCGCGCGGCCUCGCCCACGCCGUCGGCGACCUCGUCAGCGGCCCGCCGAGCGUCGCCGCCGGCGUGGGCCUCGUGUACGCGCACCCCGUCGCGCGCUUCGAGCUCAACUUUAGCCUGCCGCUCGUCGUGCGGCGCGGCGAGGUCGGCACCAAGGGCGUGCAGGUCGGUGUCGGGAUCAACUUUUUGUAG